UGCUGCUGGGCCUGGCCUGCCUGCUGCUGCGGGGCCCGGGCCCGAGCGCGGCGCUGCUGGGCGCGGCGGGGGCCUGGUGCGCGCUGCGGCCCGCGGGGGGGCGCCGGCCGGGGCCGCGGGCAGCCAAGGCCGCUGCCAACGGGGGCCCGCCCAUGGGCUCCCGCCUGGGCCAGCCCGGGACGCGGGCGGGGGCCGCGCUGCCGAGCCCAACGCGCCGGCCCUCCUUCGGGAAUCACUUGACCCCACCAACCCGCUUUGUGCAGACUCUUCGUCGGCGGUAUCCAAUCCAGCAGGCCCAGUAUGCCUCGUUGGGAGCCCUGCCCACAGUAUGCUGGGAUGGCUUUCAGAAGAAAAGUGUACUUUCUGCUCGCAACUCUAGCAUGGUGCAGAGCCCAGUGACAGUGAAGAUUGCUCCGCCGGACAGCAACCUGUCCCAUUCUCCCAUCUUGGAGCAGUUGAUUUCACCAGUGGCCUUAUCAUCCAAUAGCACCCUGGAUCCAUGUGCAAAAGAGACUGUGCUCAGUGCCCUUAAGGAGAGCAGGAAGAGGGCUGUGGAGGAGGAGGAUGACCAAACUUUCCCCAAUGAACAGGAAAACAAAAGGAGGCGACAUGACAGCAGUGGGAGUGGACAGUCGGCUUUUGAGCCUCUGGUGGCAAAUGGAGCCCCAGCCUCUCUUGUACCCAAGCCAGGCUCUCUGAAGAGGGGCCUUACCUCCCAGUGUCUAGAUGAGUGCCUAAACAAGAGAUCACGUAGCAGUUCCAUCAGCUCCAUGAACAACAUGUACACAGGUGGGAUUCCCAGCUCCAUUCGCAAUGCCAUCGCCAGCUCCUACAGCUCUACCCGGGGCCUCUCGCAGGUGUGGAAGAGAAGUGGCCUGAGUACUUCCCCUCUUUCCAGUCCAGCAUCUUCCCGCUCUCAGACACCAGAGAGGCCUCUUAAGAAAGCAAGAGAAGAAGAGCCCCAUCGAUCUAGUACUUCCACCCCAGUGAAAUCUGACAUGGAACUGCAGGCAGAGAGAGCUGUGGAGACCCCUGUGCAAAAGAAGCAAAGUUCCUUGAACUUACCCUCCCUGUCAGAGAGCAGUGGGAAGCGCAAGCGGAAGAUCCAGCUGCUGUCCUCUCGUCGAGGAGACCAGCUUGCCUUGCCUCCUCCCCCUCAGCUGAGCUUUCCUGUCACAGUCGAGGACUUGGAUGCAGAAAAGAAGGCAGUGCUCAAGUGUUUCAACAAAGUCUUGGAGGAUAAGACUGUAGAUUCCACUGCAACCAGUUCUGCGGAGACCAUCCCUGCAUCCAAACCCCUGUCGUUCACACUGAUGUCUGCUGGGCCUACAUCUGUACUGACAGCCCCUCUGGUUUCCAACACUGGCUCCUUACUGGAAAGUCUGAAGAAAAUGCAGAACAGCCAGAGUAUUCCUGUGCUUUCAGAUUCGACAGGGGUUGCAGCAACUUCUCAGCCAGUUCCAGCAGCCCCUCUGUUGUCAGCCUCCAAUGUACCACUGAAUUCAAGCUCAUUGUCUGUUACUGCAUCGGACUCAAAGCUUGUGCCCAUGUUAAACUUACCUGUUCCAUUAGCCCCUCCCUGCUCCCUUGUCCAGCCUGGCAGCAGUGAAAGCAGCUUGGGGGUUCCCACUUCACUGGAGCUAGGCCCGACCCCUAGCAAACCUCCUUCCACCCCUAAACCAAGCAUCCUUUUUGGGAUGCUGAGCACUCCUCCUGCCAGCCAGCCUGCAGCAGCAACAGCUACAUCUUCCACCCCCACCACCACUGCCCCUGUGUUCAAGCCAAUCUUUGGCAGCCUGUCAAAAAGCGAGAACAUGGCGCCUUCUGCAGCUGGCACUUCCACGACAGUCAUGGUGUCUUCCAGUGCUACAUCUCUCUCAACAACCUCCCCUGCCAGCACCACCGUGUUCAAGCCUGUUUUUGGGAGCUUGACGACAUCUGGACCCUCAGCAACAGCUUCUCCCUUUCCGUUUAAGCAGGCCUCUCAGCUGGCAUCCACUGCUGAUCUGAACACAGCUUCCACCACAGGCCCCCCUGUGUUUGCCAGCUUCCCCAAUAGCAUCUUCACAACUGCAGCGACGACCAGCACUGUACUGAGUACCAUCACUGAAUGCACUACGAAGCCCAUGUUCAGUUUUGGGCUUAACCUGCCGAGCUCCACCAGUGUGUCAGCCAGCCCAGCUGUCAGCACAGCCACCUCCACCAGUGCAUCUCAGCCCUUCCUCUUUGGAGCCCCUUCAAGCUCAGUUCCCAGCACAGAAACAGGCUUCGCAUCCACAGGCCCUGUUUUUGGGUUUGGAAAGCCUACUGUCACCACAGCGACUACCACCACUAACGUUCCAGCGGGCUCCACCUUUGGCCAGGCACCCUUGAAUGUAGCACAGGCCACCCCUUCCACCAUUACCACCACCACCACCGGCUUCAGUAUUUUUGGCAGUGCUGCUCUGACUUCUUCAACCCCAGCAACAACAGGCCAGUCAACACUGUCUUUUGGCUCUUCCCUCACUCCGUUUGGUUCCUUUGGCACUGGUGCCAAACCACCCCCUGCAUACUCGGGGGCAGCUAGUCAGCCUGCGUUUGGCACUGGUACCUCAGACAGCCAGCAGUCUGCCAACAAGCCUACAGCUGGCCCAGCAAGCUUUAGUGCCCCUUUCAGCUUUGGAGCCUCCACAACCCAGUCUACUGCUCAGCCAGCAUUUGGCAGCAACACUCAGCCAGCGUUUGGUGCCAACAGCCAGGCUUCCUUCGGCACGAGCAGCAACCAGCCAGCAUUUGGAGGCACCACAUCCAUCUUCUCCUUUGGAACAGCUACCACAGCCACCACAUCAAGUUUUGGUUCCAACACCCAGACUACAAACAGUGGGGCCAGGGGCAUGGUGUUUGGCAGUGCCACUCCAUCUCCAUUCGCUUUUGGGGCAUCCACCCAGCAAAGCACAGGACCCAGUGCCUUUGGCAUUGGAUCACCUUCCCUAGGUGGAAGUACCCCUGCUGUAGCAUUUAAUUUUGGGGCUGGGCAGAGCGGAUCGGCAGGUGCCAUAACACUCUUUGGUUCCUCCCUGACGCAGAACACGCUGGGUGCCCAGAACCAAAGCACAUCAUUUGCCUUCUCUGCAGCUGGCACACCUGAUAACAAGCCUGUGUUUGGAGGAACUCCUGCACCCAGUUUUGGGCAGAGUACCCCUGUCCCAGGAGGAGCAGGAGGUGGGAGUAACAGCCUUUCCUUUGGAACCCCCAGCACUCCUGCCUCAGGUUUUGGAAGCGUGGGGCCAUCAUUUGCACCAUCAUUCUCCAUUGGGUCAGGAUCCAAGACUGGGGCCCGUCAGCGCCUGCAGGCACGAAGGCAGCACACCCGCAAAAAGUAGCCUCGUCAAUUUUCUGGCCAUGAAUUCCUGGCCUUGCUGUGAUAAGCCCCAGCCCAGCUGCUUGAGCCAAGACUCAAUGUAGAGCGACCAGCUGCACAAGCAGCUGAGCCCCCACAGUUCAGGAGCUCAUGUCUGUGAAAUCCGUUGGAGCCAGUUCUGGGUGGCAGCAACUCUUCUACAUGAGAUGGGGCAAACCAAACCCUUCUUACUUGAACACUUCCACAGCCGAGACUGGAUAAACCUCUGUACAUAUCUACAGUGUUUCCUCCCUAACUUUUUUUUCUCCAUGUUUCAUAAUGUUUAAAAUUCUCCCAUUGCUUCCUGUAGCUGCUCCUGUGCCCUUCUUUCCCUGACUACACUGACAGGCUGGUCUCUAUGGGCUGAGCAUGCAGAGCAGGAGCUUGUGGAGAUGCUCUGGAUGCUGGCCCCAGGGUCACAUUCCCAGCCUGUGCCUGACAGCGACUGACACCCUGCUGCUUCAGCUGCCAUCUCCCUGUGUUCCUACCUCCCUACCCUGCUAAGUGGCAUGUUCCCCCCCCUCUGGGCAGGCCAGAGGUAGCAGUUUUGUCCUGAACUGCUGUUCCUGGGUUGGGGAAGAAUCUUCACUGGUCAAGAAGCCUUUCCCUGUGGUGUGAUCUAAUGACCCAGUAAAGGCCCCUCCUCCUGAAGGACUGCUCUGGUUUGGCCUAGCAGGUGUCUACUCUACAGAGCUCUGCCUGGCUUACCCUUUCCAGUGAGUGGCACUGGCCUCUGCAGGGGUAUAAAUAUGUUGGUGCUCUAAAUGGAACAUGCCAUCUAGCUCCUGUAGCUCCCAAGCAUCAGCUAAGGCCUUCCGUAAUACCAUGCUCCUGGCUUAACCUCUGUUGGAAGAGAGCAGCAUGGGUGGGCCAUGUCCUUGGCUGGAGCUGUGCUGCAGGAACUAACACCCCCUCUGCACCAGAGGGAGAACAGGAGUCUGGUAUCCUUCGGUACACGAUAAGUGUCCUGAAUUUGUGCUCUGCCCUGUGGGAUGGGUGCUGCCACUUAUGAUUCCAGCCAUCUGUGAUGCUUUGGGUUAGUCUCUACAGAUCUUGUCUGCGUAAAGCCCUGUAUGUUCUGCUCUCUGUUUAUGCUCACUGAAUCGAGUUUGGAGGAAGAAUUGAACCGUAUGCGUGGCGGCAUGUUGGUAAUGCCGGACUUGCUGUUUUAAAGUUUUUUGGGGGCGGGGGAUGCACCCUGGCUAAUUGGUUGUCGACAGUAGCAUCUUUGUGUGGCUACUAGUGGUGAGUGAAUUCUGUAUCUUAACUGUUGUGACUGAAAGAAUGGCAGCUGUGGGGUGGGUAUCACACUGUGGCAGCCUCUUCAUAGCCUGUGCUCUAAGCUGGGUCUGUUCUCAAUCUGCCCCACAAGCCAGGCUCACUACCCAGGCUAGGUUCUGUGGUGUAGUGAUAGGGAGGAGCCAUCUCCCAGGUGCAAGAGACCUUUUGGCUCCAGCUAAAGACACUAAAAAAAAUAAUCAAGAACUGACAGACCUGGUGUCCUCUGCACCGUCUGGGAAUUGUCUUUGAACUUGCCCACACCACUUCAUAUCCUAGAGACAUCCAUGCUUGUUUCCAGCCUGCAGGCCCUGGAGCCAUCCCUGUGCCUGGGAGGUCCUGCUGGAAGAGAUUGCCAGGAUGUUGAUGCCCAUUGUGACAGAGAGCUUGGCCUCAGCCUCUAGGAGCGCUGCUCCCCUUUUUCUAUGAAGGUAGCAGCUGCACUUGGGGCAGAGGGUCCAAUGCCCUGGCUGCCCCCCCCUCCCCCCCUUCCAAGAGUGACUGGCUGCCAAGUCUUUUUACUCUUUCAGCUGUGUGUGUGCGCGCGUCUGCUGAACUCUAAAUUAAAAACUAUUUAAACAUUUUUUAACAAAAUAAAUUUAUUUUUAUAUUUAAGCUAAAUUGCCUUUGAAUUCCUUCAAGCUUGGUUCAUUGAGAUGGUCAAAGUUCAAAGCCGUUGACUAGAAUUUAGCUGUAUAGUCCUUGUCUGGCAAAGAUGCUGCACGCGGGCUGAGAACCUGCCCCUGCCUGACAGCAGUUAGGGCUAUCUGGCACCCAGCCAUACAGCUGUAUGUCCAGGAGGUGGUGGUGGGAGUGGAGGUUUGAAAGGCUGGCCUGCUAUAGGUCAAGGGUGAAUUCUCUUCCUGCCAAUAAGGAGCUUUCUCAGCCUCCCUGCAUCCUCCUUGCUCAGGCAGGUGUUACAUGAAUUAUUGCUUAUUUUAUAAUGUGAUGUAUGUGGAUGUGACUAAACUUUUUUUUAAUUUUCCUUGAGAAUGAGGCUCUGGAGCUCUUGUAUGUUAGACAGUGUUGGUUGUGGGUUUUUUGUUGGUUUUUUUUUUUUUUGUCUUCCUACCGGGAAGAAUGUACCUCUCCUGGCAGAGAUGGGACUGGGUGCUGAAUAUUUCUGUGCUCUUGCAGAUGGCUAGUGGCUCCCCCUCAAAAAGGGGCAGAAGGAAAGGAGUCAGCCUUCCUGCCCCUUGGAGGGCUCAUGGCUGCCUGUCACUGGGAUCAUUUUAGCUUUCUUUCAGGAAACCAUAGUUGUCAUUAUGAGGGGUGUGGGGAUGCCCUCCCUGGGUUGGGAGGUAUUCCUCAGUCAUGGGAAUGGCACCAGCCCAUCAUUCAGUGGAGUCUAGUUUCAAUCUAACUCAAAUACAUGAGUGUUCCUGAAGUUUGGGGAAUUGGGCUGAGGGCCUUCCUGUACACUUAGGGCCAGUAUCUGAAAUUCUGCCCCCAAAAUGCAGAGCUCCCAUUCUUUGUUGCUUGUCUUUCAGUCUACUAUCAGCUGGACAGUAGCUGUACUUGCUGGAGCACCCUGGGAACCUGGUCUGCCAUGCAGAUGGCACUGGAGCAAGGUUCCUACCUGCUAGAAUGGAAAGCUGCUGCCCUCCUGUGGUCUGCAUGGGAGCACAGCACUUCCUAUACCUCUGGGAAAGAAAACCAUCCCCAAUCUAUAAUUGAACAGUGAUUGCUUAUAGUUGUUCAGCUAGUAUGUCACUAGCCCUAAGCCUUGCUUGGACUCUUCUGCAGCAUUUGCAGAGGCUGUGAAUAAUCUUCAGGCUUUCUGAACAGCUUCUCACUUGCUGGCUUAUGUUUGAACUGCUUCCCUUGUCAGGAAAAGACUUAUUUUUUUUGUCAAAGCCAGUGAAGAAAGACUGAGAUCAUGGGCUAGUACAGGUGUAUUGCAGUCAGCUGCUGUGGUUACUCACCUUGGAGACUCUGCUCCCAGACUGCCUGCUCCAUAGUGAUGGGCCUGCAAGGCUGGCCUUUCUUUUAAACAAAUUACCUUGUUCAGACAUUCCCUGUCCACAGAGGAAUACUGCUUUCCUGGUGCUACCCAGGCUUCCCACUUGUACCCUGGUGACUCCUGGCACUGCUAGACUAGAAAUGACAUGCUGAGCACAGGACCCACGUGAGAUGUUUCAGGAGUUGAAGCCAUGUAUUAGGAAUUUUUACAUCACAGCAGCCUGUACCAUUAGAUGUGCUGGAUGAAGGGAUCUUGCACAGACCUUUUGCUUUAAAGGUGUAGCUAGGCACCCAAAGGGGUUUUGUCCAAAGACCUCUUGGAUGCUUGUAGACAUAAAAAAAAAAGUGCUUUGCUUUAAACUCAGCACAUUUCUACACCAAGUCCUGCACAUGCCUAGAAGGGGCAGUGCGUUACUUCAAGCCAGCUUGUCUGACAUCUGUAAAGAUUGGGCAUUUUAAUGGGGCUCUUUUGGCACUUUUAUCUAGUAGCUGAUUGAAUUAGCUUUAGCUAAAAGUGCCAAAAAGCCCUGCUGAAGCACCUAAUCCUUACUUCAACCUGGUUCUGCAGCAUCUGCAAUGCACUGCUUCUUCUGGUAAAGCAUGGUUUGGGGCUUUUUUUAAUGUCUGCAAGCAGUGCUUGAUUUUUAACCUGCUGUCUGUCUCAGGGCCCUGAAUAUCAUCACAUGCUAGCCUGAAAAAGCUCCACUGUAGCUCCAUUGUGGCAGGACAGAGGUCAUGGGCUGGGCAGGGCUGGAGCUUGUGGUCACCCUAAUGAAAAGCCUCUGCAUGUGGGUCUCUCUCUGAACCUGACUCUACCAGUGGUGCUCAACCUGACCUGCAGGGUCAUGUCAUCUGGUCCAUGGGCAGCCCUGCAGGCCAGAUGUCAGCCCUUAAUAUAGGGCUGGGUCAAUGUCUGCAGGAUCUGGCCUGCAGACUGCCCCUUCUCAUCUGGCCCAAAGCUUAAAGCACCACUGCUUUCAUGACAGUCUUUGUACUCUGUGACAGAACCAAGGUAGGAAUUGGCUGCAAGUAGUGCCACUCUGGUUGGAAGAAUUCAAAGAUAUAAUCCCAGAGACAGGCCCUUCCUUGGGCUGAAUGUUUGGCUUCUGGUGCAGAAGUGUGGGGCUGUAAGCUUCCAGUUGCAAAGCAAAUUAGCAGUAGUUGGACCUGCAGCUUUGCAUGGAGGCUGAUCUUGUGUUUCUGUGUGUGGCCCUCCUUUUCUUUCUGAAGCCCCUAAAUCCUCUGUAGUUGAGUUUCCACAUCAGUGCCACCCUUCUCUGACCUGAUUAGCAAAUACCAAAGCUGCCCAGUGCCCAGCUCUUUUCAGGAGCUGCUCAGCGUAUUGGACAGAAACCUUCUGCAGUCAAACUUCCCCUUCUGCUGCUUGUGAGGACUGUGCCAUAUGUGAAGGGUGAAAGUGCUGGGAGGUUGGGUUUUUAAUGAAAAGUAAACAUGCAAAUCAUUUCUGGUGUGGCUGUCGAGGAGCUCUAGUUUGAAUGUGCAUUUUUCCUUGCUGCUUAUGUCACUGGAUUAAAAUAAAAACAAAACUGUGCUCA